CCCCUAUCACCAUGGCAUCUUCCACUGAGAUGAUUCACCUUCGCUCAUCUCAAGGAGAGGUCUUCGAGGUUGAGUCGGCAGUAGCAUGUAUGUCGAAUUUGAUCCAGAAUAUGGUAGAGGAUGGCGGUGUAGAUGAGGAGAUACCCUUACCUAAUGUUAAGACUGCUAUAUUGGCUAAGGUAAUUGAGUAUUGCAAGCAUCAUAAGGAGAACCCCCCUGAUGAGAUAACUAAACCGUUAAAGUCAACGAGUCUCGCGGAAUGUGGGGUCAGUGAUUGGGACUGUGAAUUUGUGAACAUCGAACAGGAGAUCCUUUUCGAGUUAAUUCUAGCUGCGAACUAUUUGGACAUCAAGCCUCUGUUGGACCUAACAUGCGCUAAGGUUGCAUCGAUGAUAAAGGGCAAGACACCAGAGGAAAUUCGCCAACAAUUCAAUAUCGUCAACGACUUUACUCCGGAAGAGGAGGCUGAGGUUCGAGAAGAGAAUAAGUGGUGUGAGGACGCGUGAUAUCAUUACCUGCACCUGCUUGGAUCACGACGUGAUUAGAAUAUCACAUAUACUCAGCAUUUC